AGUAUCAGUCGGAAAUGAAUGGUCCUUAUGGGGUAAACUGUAUGUUAAGGGGUGUAUUCCAUAAUUAACUUAAAUACUUGUGUGGCAAAUGGGAAGAUCUACACCGCCUGGAUGCAGAUAAGAUGGAGAGCUCUAGGCCUCAGCCUGCUCAUUAAUUUGCUGAUUUGAUGCUGCGCCUCCGCUGCCUCCAGUGCGCAGCCGCAGUAUCUCCAGGACGCAGAGAGCAGAAGAGGCAGACAGAAAAAUGGCCCUCGAUAAUUUAAUUUUUGCCCAAUGCAUCCUUUAUUUUUUAUCUUUCGUAUUCGGUUUCAUCGCCGUGGUGCCUCUGUCUGAAAACACGGAGGAUUUCCGAGGGAAAUGCCUGCUCUUCACGCGUGGUAUGUGGCAAAACGAGAACAUCACGGUGUCGAAGCAGCGCUUCAUCGUGGAGGAGUGGGGACCCGAGUCCUCCUGCAGCUUCAUCACUUUUGUCGGGAUAGCGUCACUUAUCCUGUCCGCAGUGCAGGCAUGGAGGCUGCUGUUCUUCCUGUGCAAAGGACACGAUGACUCCAUAUUCAACGCCUUUCUCAACCUGCUGAUCAGCUCCCUGGCGGUGUUCACAGUCUUCCUGUCCAGCACCAUUGUCAGCGUGGGUUUCAACGUGUGGUGCGACUCCAUCACCGAGGGUGGGACCAUGCCCAGCAGUUGUGAGGAGCUGCAGGACACUGAUCUAGAACUCGGCCUGGACAACUCUGCUUUCUACGACCAGAUUGCUAUAGCUCAGUUUGGCUUGUGGGCUGCAUGGCUCACUUGGCUUGGGAUUGCAGUGAUGGCCUUCCUGAAGGUCUACUACAACUAUAGACAAGAGGACCUGCUGGACAGUCUGAUCCACGAGAAGGAACUUCUGCUCGGCCGCUCCUCACGUCGCAAAUCUGACCUCCAGACCUGCCUGACAUAGAAACCAGAACACUCACAAACACACACACUCACACACAUUCAAUCAAUCAUACAGUACUCUUGAAUGCCAUGAGAAACACUUACGUUUGCCUCUGUAGACAUUCAAAUUGGUAUUUGCUCUCAUUAAUCAUGGAUUGAAUCAAAUACAAGGUUUUAGCUUUGUUCUCCAAUGGCAAUUGAUUUUCCCUCAAAAACAUCAACUAAUGGUAGUUUUCUCCCAAUCCUUGAGGAAUCCUGCAUUUUGAGCUUAUUCACUGUGUGCAUUCUUCUUUAACACACACAAUCGUAAUUUUGCUCUGACAGUAUCAAACCAGUAAAUGGAAAUUCACACCAAGUUAACUCAUGAAUUUCUAUCUAGUAUUAAUGGCUUGGACCGAUUGGCCGAUUGAUCAUGUUGUCUUUGUGAAAACUCUGCAUGGACCUAAUGCAUGCCAAAUUAAUAGGGUGGUGGUUUUUAGAUGUAAAGAAAGGUUAUUUUGUUUUAUACACCAAUAAAUGUGUUCCUAAGAAAGGAUGUUGGUGUGCUGUUGCAGUACAUUCACUCUUUAAUCAGCAGUUUAAAACUGUAGUUUUGAACAUUCGUGUAAGGGGCAGCCGGUCCAAAAAAGGCUUUUGGCAAUCUCUGUGAAAGAAAAAAAACGAAUCUUCUUGUGCCGUAGAUUAUCUUAGGCUUCUUCUUCACACUUUAAAAGCUACAAAACCAAUAUACUGUAUUACUGUGAGUAGACGCACAAAUGUACCUGCAUGCAUUUCUCUCCUAGUUACAUACACAUCACACACUCACUUAUUUUCAGAUACUACAGAAAGAAAGCAAAUAACCUUGACUUUGAUAGGCGACAGAUGACAGUUUUAUUCAAAACAAAUGAAAUCAUAAAACGGUAGGAACUAAGAAAACCCUCCACAAAUGCACUUCUUUCAAAGUGACCAUAAACACUUGGACAGCCAUGAAAUGCAACUUCUAAGCUAAAUGUGCAUAUGCAGGACAUGAGUUCACUUGGUAUUUUUUAUUGCCAAUAACAAAUUAGUUUGACAGUACAAAUUCAAGAGUGUUUCUUUCUUCUAUAUGGGCAUUUUUAGCCUUAUAUUUCUUUGCCAUUCAAAUACAAAACCUAUUUCCUUUUGAGUUCCCUGAAAUCUGUUAUAUAAAGAGAAAUAUUUUACUGGAAA